AUGGGCUCGAAACUGAAGGGAAGCAGAUUAGAAGCAGAAGUGGAUAAAUGCCGUUCGGAGUGUAAUUGGAGAAGAUUGGGCGAUUUGUUACUUUCUGUGCGCUCCAAAAAUAGUGGCAUGCAACAUUAUGAAGAUUUGUUGCAAGCGGAAUACAUCAUCGAAUCGUUUAUCGACCAAAGCUCAGAAUUUCUGGAAUCGAAAGCGGAAAAUAAAAAGUAUUUGGAAAAAGCAGCAAAUCUUCUCUACAAUACACUGCAGUCUUCAAUGGCCGAAAAGUCGACAAUUUAUUUAGAGGCGAAUUUGCUGCUUGCAAAAUUGCAUUAUUAUUGCGCGGAGUAUGAACGAGCAAUGCAAGACAUUGACAAUUCUCGAUUGGAAUUUGGCGAUACACCAUUUGAAUCAUUGCGUGAUCUGCGUUUAGUUGCUGAAGCUUAUGCUAUAAAAGGAUUUUCCAUAGAAGCAACGAUGAAGCAUUUGAAGAAACCGGAUUUGGAAAAAUCUCGAAUGAGAGCACUUUUUUGUUUUGAAAAGUCAGCAGAACUUGCCAUAUCAUAUAUCCAGGAACUCGAAAAGUCAAUAAAUUUACAAAGCAGAAGCGGAAUGCUUUCGUCAAGUGCUAAUGGAACAAGUGGAAAGCAACAUGUUGAGAGAAUGGGCGAACUAUUGGAAACAACACUGGAAAGAGUGCCGUUGUUGCGUUUAAGACAUAAUUUAAUUGAUAGGCCGUGGGAUGAUGAAGGAGUUGAAUGGUAUCGCCGGAUUAUGACAUCAUUAGGUGAUAAAAUGGUAGGCGAAAAAUUACAACAAAGAUUAAGUCGACAGUUAGCAGAAGUAUUAAUCCGAGGUAUGCCGGAUUCUGGCUAUAUGGAGUCGCAAUCUGUUAGCACAAAAUCACAAAAUUUAAGAUUUUAUACUGGAUCACAUAGGAAUUAUUUUUCACCCGCUUCGAGAAUUGAAGAGAUUUUACUGCUCUUAUUAAUCAGUGAGGUUCUAGCGACAAAAGACGUUGUAUUGAACCGAGCCGAAGAAUUGGUGGCCAGUCGUCAAAAUUCACUACGUGUAGCUAAAUCAGUGUACAAUUUACUCACUUUGGUGUUGUCGGCUCUGCGACAGUACGAACUUUUAUCAAGUAUUCAUGAAAAAGCAAUGAAAUUUGCAAAUGAAGACAAGUAUUUAUGGUUCCAGUUUGCCUUGACGUUACUUUGCCAUGGAAGAUAUGUGAGGGCUUCAAGGAUCUUGUCACAAUGCUUAGCUAUCGAACAGUAUGAUGAUAAUGCGCUUGCACAGCAUAUUUUUGCUGCUAGUGUUGCACUUGAGCACCUUGGACAGUAUGAUGAAGCUAUAAUUCAUGCUGAAAAAGCUAUCGAAUUAUGUGAAGGAAAUUGGCUUUCUGGGCGGUGUAUGCUGUUAAAAGCUAUUGCAAUGAGCAUGAAAGCAGAAACGAUAGUUCGGUACAACAGUCGAAAUGAAAUGCGCUUGGAAGUAAUAAAAUUAUUUGAAAAUGCUGCAGCAAUGGAUCCACAUGAUGACAUAAUUCAUUAUUGCUGUGCCCGGCAGUAUGCUAUCGCCCGCGACUUACAAGUAGCUCGUGAUUGGUGUGAAAGAACCCUGGAAUUGAAUCCAGAAAUGCCGCCCGCUAUAAUGCUUCUUGCAUUAAUUUUUACUGCCCAAAAAGAUUACAAAGCGGCACUCGAAUUGAUUAUCGACGCCUUAGAGGAUUUUCCGACCAAUUAUCCACUUACUGUGCUUAAAUUAAUGCUUGAAGUUAAAUUCGGUCGUGUUGAUGAAGCCUUGGCAUCAUCACAGCAUUUACUGUAUUUCUGGAAAAGUCGAGAGACGAAUCUUUUCGAAGAACCCAAUGCAAACAUUACACGAACUGGAAGCGAAGAAAAUCCAAGAAAUGGACGGAAUGAAAGUUUACUACGUUCAGUAAGCAGUCGUGAUGCUGUAACCGCAACACCGUUCAUUGCCGCUGCUUCAUUGGGUAUUUUGUCAUCCUCUGCGCUUACAAAUAUGUCUCCUAGUGUUGGGACCGGCGAUGCUGCCGAUAGCGGAUCUGUAUAUACAACUCAGGGAACAUCAGAUUAUGGAACCUCAACUGUUUCAUUGUGCUCGAGACAAUCAAGAACCGUAGAAACACAUUUCAUGAUGAAGGCUAAUAUUUGGCUAGAACUUGCUGAACUUUUUCUCGAUCUGGAUCGUAUGGAGGAUGUACGAUCGUGCAUUGAGGAGGCGUCUGUUUUAUACCCAAGUUCACAUCAGGCACUCUAUAUCAAGGGCCGUUUAUUAGCAGCUCGAGCGGCUAAGUGUGAGAAUACCGCGAAAUGUGAGCAUUUACGAAGUGAUGCAAAGGCAUCUCUGCUGGGAGCGCUUGCAAUAGCACCUUCUCAUGUCUCGUCUUUGCGACAUCUAGCACAUAUUUACAGAUUGGAAGGAAAUAUUCCUAUAGCUGAGAAAAUGUUAAGGGAUGUUGUACAGAUUGACCCACUGCACAAUGACUCAUGGCAAGCUCUUGGGAUGAUCUUAUCGGAAGAUGGACGUUUUGAAGAAGCUUUGGAAUGUUAUUCGAUCGCCUCAGCUCUUAACUCAUCAACUCCACUUAUUCCAUUCUCUUCAUUACCUGUGUUAAUUCGUACUUCAUGA